CACUCAUAAAUUAAACAAUAUCCCAAUUCCAUUUAAAAUAAAGAAUAAGCUCAUAAUUUGAUGAACUUAUUGCUGAACUCUUGAUAAUCCUCAGAAACACAGAAGAUAAUCAUAAACCUCUUCAAAAUCGAACAUAUGUUCCCCCAAAUCAAUAUCCAUGGCGCCCUGAAUUUCAAAACAAUCUCCCAAUUCCUGCAUCACUGCUCUCAAACAAAGAAUCUCAAACCAAUCCAACAAUUCUACGCGCAUGUAAUCAGAACAAAGCUCUUCUUCGUUUCCCCCAAUCUCCAAUCCGACCUAGCUCUAGCUUACACCUCAUGCAUCGCCAACAACAACCACACAAUCCUAACCCACUUCUUGAAAUCCUUCAAUCUCAGAAACCCCCUGCCGUUUAAUUCGAUCAUAUCUCACUUCUCUCAACACGGCUCCGACUGUUUUGCCCUGCACACGUUUCUAUUCAUGCAUCGCAACAGCGUAUAUGUCGAUUCAUACGCUCUAUGCACCUCGUUGAAGUCAGCCUCCUGUUUGAAAAAUGGUGUCUUUGGUAAAUCGACGCAUGGUUAUGUGGAGAAAUCGGGUUGGCUCGCUAGUGUGUUUGUGGGAAGUGCGUUGGUGGAUUUUUACGCGAAAAUGUGUAGCGUGGGUGAUGCGGCGAAGGUGUUCGACGAAAUUCCUGAGAGGAAUACUGUGUGUGCAAAUGCGCUUUUGUCGGGCUAUGCGGAGGCUAAGAUGUGGGGGGAAGGGAUUGAGCUGGUGAGGAGGAUGCCUCUAUUGGGUUUAGAAACGGAUCAUUUCACGUUCUCGGCUGCUCUACGCGCUUGUAGCGGCUUGUGUGCUGUGGAAUUGGGGAAGGAGGUUCACGCGGGUGUUGUGCGUCGCGUUAAUGAUGUUGGAGCUGAUGUGUUUCUGCAGAGUUUGUUGAUUGAAAUGUAUGGAAGGUGUGGUCUAGUGGAUAACGCAAAGAGAGUGUUUAGUAUGGCGGGGUACGAUGUAUGGAUGAGGCGAAGAGAUGUUGUUUUAUGGACUUCGAUGUUGGGAUUGUAUGGAAGGACCGGAGAUUAUGCUGAAGUGAUUAGGUUAUUUAAGGAUAUGCUAAUGGAAGGGAUACGGCCGGAUGGAGUGGCAUUCUUGACGGUUAUCUCUGCUUGCAGCCACACCGGGCAAGUGGAUCUUGGCGUGGAGUAUUUCGAGUCCAUGACUCGUGACUAUGGGUUGUGUGCGAGCCGAGAGCAUUAUAGUUGUCUCGUUGACUUGCUUUGUCGGGCGGGGGAGUUGGAGAGGGCUUGGGGAAUAGUUAGUGAGCUGCCACAUGCUGCGGAUUGCGCUGUAUCCAUGUGGGGCGCACUUCUUAGUGCGUGUAACGAGUGUGGAAAUGUCGGUUUGGGGAAGUUGGCUGCUCAGAAAGCUCUUGUAGUGGAGCCUAAUAAUGUUGGAAUUUACGUUCUGCUGUCUAAUAUGUAUGCUAGGAAUGGUAUGUGGGAUGAGAUUGAACAGUUGAGAGAGGUUAUGAAGAGAAGAGGUUUGAAGAAGGAUAUUGCUUGGAGUUCGAUAGAUAGAUAGAUUAUGUUCUGUACUAUUUAAAUCAUACGAGGUCCAAAGUUGAUGGCGUUUCUGAUUUACAGAGCCUGUUGCAAGUUGAGAUUGAGGGAGAAUAGAUUGAAUUGAACAGAUAUAACAAGAUCAGAAGAGUACGAAUCCUUGCAUAUUGAAAAAGGAAAAAGACCUUAUUCCCCUUAAAGGUAUUCUACGUUCCAAGUUACGUCUUUAUGGGAUCAUAUCUACUUGAAGGAGUAUGAUUUGGUGAAUCCUUGUUUGAAGCUUGCACACGAGUUCCAUUUUGUCUGUUUGUAUUGUAUUACGUAGCACAGGAAAGCAGUAUGAUUUUUGAGCAAGAUAAUGAAUUCUUUUCUCGUAUAGUUUUGAAUCCCAUACUUUCUAAAUAACACCGCUUGCAUAGUUUUACUUAAUGGUGGCUGUGUGAAGAAUAAUGGUUCUCGUGUUUACUUUCUAGUUAGUCAGGAAUCGGGAUAUUCCAAUCUUUGUUGGGGGGGGGGGGGUGUUAAUUUCUCAAAUUUUGUCUUAUGAAGUGACUCAAAACUAUCAUGACUUAGAGAUGUAUCAUGUAUAUACUACUAGUAUAUAAUAAGAGUGAAUGCAGCAUCGUAAUUUCUUGCGCUUGCAAGAUGUUCUCUUUUAUAACUCGUUCACAUAAUAGCCAAUGGUGGAGUCACGUGGUACUAGUUGACAUGCAGUCUUUGUGUUCACUCCCUCAGUCAAAAUAGAGAUGGUAGUAAUAGGCCAUGCUUAGUUUUCAAAAGGUCUACAGUUACGACCAUUUGAAUUUGUAUAUAGUAGUUGUCCUCUUAUCAACCUAAUUGUAAUCGUAUAGUUUAUUCUCUCUUUGAGUCUCCGAGCAUUCUUUGCCUGGGGGAAUUCGUUAGAUACCAUUAUCUUCCAUCUUGGAGAAUGCAGUUUUUGGCAUUUUUGCCUUGGCUGUUUGUUUGCAGUGUGACUAUGUGAUGUUUUUUCAUCAUAGCAUAUUCUGUGACAGUUGAAGAAUCAUAAGCUUUUUGACAGUUGAUAGUACUCCCUCCGUCCCGUGUUACUUGCACUUAUUUCCUUUCUGGGCGUCCCAAGUUAUUUGCACUCUUUCCAUUUUUAGUAAAAAUUAUCACCUACAGCCGCAAUGGUUGACUUUGCUAUACACUCAUUCCUUAAUCUCCGUGCCGAAAAGCAAACGUGCGAGUAGCACGGGACGGAGGGAGUAAUUUCUAACAAAGAUAUUUAUGUUUCCACUGUUUAUAUAUAUCUGUACUUGUGUAAACUUGAAUGCCAGCUGAAUUUGGUCGAUCAAUAGCAUCUUUAAUUGAAUGCAGCAUCUGACAUGUAGAAAUUUAUCUUCACAAGCUAUAUAUCUUUGCAUAUCAAACUGUUUUCUCUCCCUAUAUUUAUGAUUGAACUACUUUUUGACUUCUUCAAUUGGCCUAAUCUUCGAUUAUGAGUUGUGAAAGCACCAACACAUUUAUGCAAAAGAACAAGAGUCGUAUUAGUUUACUAGCAUGUGUAACAAACUCAUGCACCACGAAUUGUGUUCCGCCUUUGCAUCAUAUAUCAUCACUAUAUUCAAGACUUACAUGUUUGUUCUAUGUUAUAAAAAUGGUUGUAAAAACAUUAAACAUUUGAUAUUUGUUUGAGUUUGUGUUUGGAUUGUGUUCUUGCUUGUUGCAUUGAGGACUUUCUGUUCCCCACACUUAACCUUGUCUAUACUAAAACACCCGAUUCUUGGCAUGACCAAUCAUUUUCAUUGUUGAAUCCGAGUAACAUGCACGUCAAUCCAUCGGAGGUGUGAUCCAAACAGUGCUGGUUGAUACAUGCUGGCACAUGCUCAAGUUUCUUAACUGAUCGUCCUGCUGUCAGCGUACUACUCGGUUUCAGUCCAUCACAUACCAGGUCUUAUGUCCUGCAACUUGCUGAGCUGUUUCCUGGCCCUUCCUAAACCAACCCUUUUUUCAGCUUGAUGUUGCCAAGUCCGAUACGCAUAUCUAUGAUGUCACUCCAAUACCCGACUCGUUCGCGGACGUACCCAAUCGAGGCUCAUGGCUUCCUGAAAGUGCCGAAAUGAAAUGCAUCACUAAAGUCGGGACGGAGGGAGUAUAAGUUACAUAGUUGGUGAAGAGCAAAAGACAUCAUUGUUUUGAGUUUUGAUCAUUUUCAAAUGGGAAGGAGGUCAAGUACUGAGCCGAGUCCAUCAAAUCUAACAAAGUAAACGCCCCCCGUCACAUGGUUAAAAACGGUUGUGAAGAUGAUAGUGCAUAGGGUGUCGCUGUCGAAUGUUCGUACUGGCGAAAGGGAGGGGCGAGUACGUAAAACAAAAGGAGAAGACAACAAUGAUGUAGCAACAGAAGGGCAAUGAAGAAGAUGGAUGGGGCGAGUGCGAGUGGUGGAGGUUUGAAGUGGGCUUUCUUUCCUGUUGGCUUCAGAUUUCCAGUUGAGGACCACAUGGGAAAAGAUGGGACUGCCCCAUUUCUGUCCCAACAUCCUACUUUGCAUUUCCUGACUGAUUUUAUUUUCGUCGUCAAAUUUACAGUCGCUACUUAACGUUGCAUCCUAUGUAUUCACUGCGCUACGAGGACGUGAGUAAAAAUUGUGAUGGUCCAACCAUGUUGUCCCGACAUCCUACUUUGCAUUUCCUUCGUGUAUAUUGACUACGCUAUGAGGACAUGUACUUAUCUUCACAUGACUUGCUUUUUUGUGAAGGAUGAUCAAUAAUAGCUCCUCAUUUAUCA